AUGAUCAGAGCGAGAUUUGCUGCCAAUACCGCGAUAAGAUCAAAAAAAUUGUUAUCGGUGAAUAAUGCUAGAUUAGCCUUAAAGCCUUUAACUUUGAGUACUUAUAGAAGUCUUGCUACCAAGGCUGAUACUUCAUCUGCUAAUUAUGGGAAAGUAUAUAAUCCAUCAGCAAAUUUGGUAUCAAGUGCUAACUUAGAUACUUUUGCAAGACGCCAUUUAGGACCAACUCCUGACAAUGUUGACCAUAUGUUGAGUACAAUUGGGUAUAAGGAUUUGGAUGAGUUUUUAUCACACGCCAUUCCAGAACAUGUUUUAAUCAAGAGACCACUUCAAAUUGAACCUAAAAAGGGUUUCACUGAAUCAGAGAUGAUGGAUCAUUUGAACUCUAUUGCUCUGAAAAAUAAAAUCGUUAAAUCCUUUAUUGGUAAAGGUUAUUAUGGAACUAAAGUUCCUCCGGUUAUCCAAAGAAACUUGUUGGAAAGUCCAGAAUGGUAUACGUCUUAUACUCCAUACCAACCGGAAAUCUCUCAGGGUCGUUUAGAGUCUUUGCUCAAUUUUCAAACCAUGGUUUCUUCUUUAACUGGUUUGCCAAUGGCUAAUGCUUCUCUUUUAGAUGAAGGUACCGCAGCCGGGGAAGCCAUGUCAUUAUCGUUUCACAAUUUAAAGGGUAAGAAAACUAAAUACGUUGUUGAUACUGAUUUACAUCCUCAAACUUUAAAUGUUAUACAAUCGCGUGCUACCAAUUUAAACGUUGAAAUUAUUCAAUUGCCUUUAUCAACAAAUGAAGGUAUUGAUCAAUUGAAAGAAAUCUUAAGUGAUGUUUGUGGUGCUCUUGUGCAAUACCCUGCCACCGACGGUUCACUUUCAGUUGAUAAUUUUCAAAAAGUUGGCGAAUUAGUUCAUUCAAAUAAAGGUUUAUUUGCUAUGGCUACUGAUUUAUUAGCAUUGACCUUAUUGAAAUCCCCUGCAGAAUUUGGUGCUGAUGUUGCUUUGGGUACUACCCAAAGAUUUGGGGUUCCAUUUGGUUACGGUGGUCCUCAUGCUGCCUUCUUUGCUACUAAUCUGAAAUACCUGAGAAAAAUCCCUGGCCGUAUUGUUGGUUUAUCAAAGGAUAGAUUAGGUAAACCAGCUUUAAGAUUGGCUUUACAAACUAGAGAACAACAUAUCAGAAGAGAAAAAGCCACUUCAAACAUUUGUACUUCUCAAGCUUUAUUAGCAAAUAUGUCAGCCAUGUACGCAGUUUAUCAUGGUCCAAAAGGUUUGAAAAAUAUUGCUGCCAGAGUUUAUGGUUAUACUACAAUCUUAGCUGAUCAAAUCAAAAAUAAUAGUAACCAUGAAAUAUCUAAUGGAAAAUGGUUUGAUACUUUAACCGUUAACUUAAACGGUGAACUGGCCGAUGAAAUAUUAGCAAAAGCUUUAAAAUUCAAUAUUAAUUUAUAUAAAGUUGACGCCGAAACUGUUUCUAUUUCAUUUGAUGAAACUGUUAAUGAACAAGAUUUAGUUUCCUUAGUUGAAGUGUUUACUGGUAAUGCUAGUUUUAAAUUCCCAGAACAACUUCCUACUAUUGCUGAAGAAUUAUUGAGAACUGACGAAAUCUUACCCCAUAAGAUUUUCAAUACUCAUCAUUCAGAAACUUCAAUGUUGCGUUAUUUACAUUUAUUACAGUCUAAAGAUUUAUCUUUGGCUAAUUCCAUGAUUCCAUUGGGGUCAUGUACCAUGAAAUUGAAUGCCACUGUUGAAAUGCAAAGUUUAUCAAUUCCAGGUUUUAAUCAAAUCCACCCAUUUGCACCAAUUGAUCAGGCUCAAGGUUAUAAGCAAUUGGUUGAUGAAUUUGAAAAAGAUUUGAAUGAUAUCACUGGAUUUACUGCCACCACUUCAAUGCCAAACUCGGGUGCUCAAGGUGAAUACACUGGAUUAUCAUUAAUUAGACAAUACCAUAAAAGUAAUGGUGAUUACGAAAAGAGAAACAUUUGUCUUAUUCCAGUUAGUGCUCACGGUACCAACCCAGCAUCUGCUGCAAUGUGUGGAUUGAAGGUAGUACCAAUUAAAUGUUUAAACAAUGGAUCAAUUGAUAUAAAUGAUUUAAAGGCAAAAGCUGAAAAACACUCCGAAAAUUUAUGUUCAAUCAUGAUUACUUAUCCAUCUACUUAUGGUUUAUUUGAACCAGGGGUUAAACAAGCAAUUGAUACCGUGCAUGCAAACGGGGGGUUGGUUUAUCUUGAUGGUGCUAAUAUGAAUGCUCAAGUUGGUUUAACUUCUCCUGGUGAUUUGGGUGCUGAUGUUUGUCACCUAAACAUUCAUAAAACUUUUGCCUUAUCUCAUGGUGGAGGUGGUCCAGGUCAAGCUCCAGUUUGUGUUAAUGAUAAAUUAAAACCAUUUUUACCUCUGCAUACUUAUCUUAAAACUCCUCAUUCAACCAAUGAAUCAAUCAAAUCGGUCAAUUCUGCUCCAUUCGGUUCGGCUAGUGUUAUCCCAGUAUCUUAUUCUUAUAUUAAAAUGUUGGGUGCUGAUGCUUUGCCUUAUGCUUCAUCCAUUGCAAUGUUGAACGCUAAUUAUAUGUUACACCGUUUGAAAGAAGUUUAUAAAAUUCUUUUCGUUGAUUAUUCUGCAUCGACUAAUGAUGGUACCAAACAUUGUGCCCAUGAAUUUAUUCUUGACUUGAGAGAAUUCAAACUGGUUGGUGUUGAAGCCAUCGACGUUGCUAAAAGAUUACAAGAUUAUGGAUUCCAUGCACCAACAAUGUCGUUCCCAGUGGCUGGUACUUUAAUGAUUGAACCAACUGAAUCAGAAAAUUUGGAAGAAUUAGACCGUUUUGUUGACUCUUUACUCUCAAUCAGAAAAGAAAUCGAUGCUUAUGCUAAUGGAGAUCCUGCUGGUGGUGUCUUGAAAAACGCUCCCCAUUCAAUUGAUGAUAUAGUUUCAACUUCUCAACUGGAUUGGGAAGCUAGGGGUUAUACCAGAGAACAAGCUGCAUAUCCAUUACCAUUUUUGAAAUAUUCAAAAUGUUGGCCUACCGUGGCUAGAUUGGACGACACCUGGGGUGAUAUGAACUUAAUGUGUACCUGCCCUUCAGUCGAAGAUGUCGUAGCUGAUCAAGCAUAAUUUUUUUGCAAUCAUUUAAUCUUAAAUUUUUUUCUACGUAUAUAACUAAAACUUGUAUUUUAGAUUUGUUAGUUUCCUUAAUAUAUAGACUCCGUGUACUCACCCU